AUGACUCGAGCCAAUCAGCUGAAGGAGAAGGAGAUGCAGCAGCAGGACCUUGUGCCUACAACCCUGCAGCAGAAGCUGGUCGAGUCACUGGCCAGUCACGUACCAGAGGCGAAGGCUGCGCAUGCAUGGCAGGAGCCGAUGAAGCAGGACCAGGACGACGAGGCGCAGGACUGGAAGUGGGGCGAGACGCAGGACGAGCGGGACGAGCAGUGGGACGAGGCGCAGGACGAGAAGUGGGACGAGCAGCGGGGCAAGGCGCAGGACGAUCAGUGGGACGAGGCGCAGGACGAGGAGUGGGACGAGCAGCAGGACGAGGCUGAGGAGCAGAAGUGGCUCGCGGACGAGAAGGAGCAGUGGCUCAGCUGGAACUGGGGCGAGGAGCAGCAGGCGCAGAAGCAGAAGUGGCCCGCGGACGAGUGGAAGCAUAAUCGGCAGUGGCUCCGCUCGGGGUGGGAUCAAGAGCAGCAGGCGCAGCAGGCGAAGCGGCCCGCGGACCACGCGGAGAGCGAGUAG